UUUUUUUCUUCUCCAUCUUUUUCCACCAAAGGCUUUUCUUUUUUCUGGGAUUGUUUCUGGAAUAUUUAACCUUAGAAUAAAUCAGGAGGAAUGAACCGGCGGCUGGUCAACCUUUUGACAGCCUUCUUUGCAUUAAUCUUUGAAACCAGUAACUUAAGGACGGCCUUCUGUAAAGAGCAUGGAAAACCACCCUCCCAAAGCAUGUCUCCUUCUGAUUUUUUGGACAAAUUAAUGGGAAGAACAUCAGGAUAUGAUGCAAGAAUCAGACCAAAUUUUAAAGGUCCUCCAGUAAACGUUACUUGCAAUAUUUUUAUAAACAGUUUUGGAUCAGUCACCGAGACUACAAUGGAUUACCGAGUUAACAUUUUUUUGAGGCAGCAGUGGAAUGACCCCAGACUGUCUUACAGUGAAUACCCUGAUGACUCCUUAGAUUUGGAUCCUUCUAUGUUGGAUUCGAUUUGGAAACCAGAUUUGUUCUUUGCUAAUGAAAAGGGGGCAAACUUCCAUGAUGUCACAACGGACAACAAAUUGUUGAGGAUUUUUAAAAACGGAAAUUUGCUGUACAGUAUCAGACUGACAUUAACGUUGUCCUGUCCAAUGGAUUUGAAGAAUUUCCCUAUGGAUGUACAGACAUGUGCAAUGCAGUUGGAGAGCUUUGGAUACACAAUGAAUGACCUUAUAUUUGAAUGGAUGAGCAAUAGCCCCGUGCAAGUCGCUGAUGGUUUAACGUUGCCGCAGUUUAUACUAAAAGAGGAGAAUGAGCUUGGCUACUGCACAAAGCAUUACAACACAGGAAAAUUUACAUGCAUCGAAGUUAAGUUUCAUCUGGAACGUCAAAUGGGAUAUUACUUGAUACAGAUGUACAUUCCCAGCUUACUUAUUGUCAUUUUGUCUUGGGUGUCAUUUUGGAUCAACAUGGAUGCUGCUCCUGCUAGAGUUGCUUUAGGUAUCACAACUGUCCUAACAAUGACAACACAAAGUUCCGGAUCGAGAGCUUCACUUCCAAAGGUAUCCUAUGUGAAAGCCAUUGACAUCUGGAUGGCCGUUUGCCUUCUGUUUGUCUUUGCUGCUUUGCUGGAAUAUGCAGCUGUAAAUUUUGUAUCAAGACAACACAAGGAAUUCCUAAGGCUUCGCAAGAGACAGAAAAGACAAAGCAGGGAAGAUGACGCAGUCCGUGAGAGCAGGUUCAACUUCAGUGGAUAUGGAAUGGGCCAUUGCCUACCAGUCAAGGAUGGCACAGCAGUAAAAGCACCCCCGCCUGUUUUACCCCCUCCCCCACCGAAAGAUGCAGAAUCCAUCAGGAAGAAGUUUGUUGACCGAGCGAAACGGAUUGAUACAAUAUCUCGUGCUGCCUUUCCUCUGGCUUUCCUCAUUUUUAACAUCUUUUACUGGAUAACAUACAAAAUCAUACGGCAUGAAGAUGUACACAAGAAGUAGGCCACCUAUUUAUUUUUGGGGAACUCAAUGCCAAAGUGUGCUUGUACAUAGACAGUGGGAAAGCCUCUUUUAAUUUAGAGACUGGUUUUCUAUCCACCUACUGUUCUACUCUUGGAAAACAAAAAAGCAGGAACAAAGACUUUCAAGAAGAAAAUAAGAAAAUGAUUUAUUCUGGUUGAGUGAUAUGAUUCUCUUUCUGAUAACAAACAUUGUCCUAAGUUUACUUUUCCAGAAUUUAUA